AUGUUGAUGAAUUGCGCCAACAGUUGGCCGAUGUGCAAGGCACGCUUGACGCGCUCCGAGGUCAUCUUUGAUCUCGACAAGCGACAGGCGGAGAUAGCGGUUCUGGAUGCCCAAAUGAGCCGCGAGGAUUUCUGGGCUGAUAUAGAGGGCGCCCAGGAGGUUGUGAAACGACGGGGCCUGCUCCAGUCGCCCGCGCAGCGCUGGCAGGGGUUGAUGGACCGGGUGGAGGAUGCCGUCGGGCUAUUGGAGCUAGCGGUGGAGGAAGAUGACCUCGACGUUCUGCAGGAGGUCGAGGGAGAAACCCGCGUGCUCACUGAGGAAGGCGAACGGUUCGAACUGGAGGCGUUGCUAUGCGGUGAGACGGAUGCGUCGAACGCCAUAAUCCAUCUGCAGCCGGGUGCGGGCGGUACCGAGUCGCAGGAUUGGACCGAGAUGUUGAUGCGGAUGUACAUGCGCUGGGUUGAACUGCACGGGCACGGCAUCGAGGUGCUUGAGGUGCAGCCGGGGGAAGAGGCCGGCAUCAAGAGCGUGACGCUGAAGAUCAUGGGACUGUACGCGUACGGAUACCUCAAGGCGGAAAACGGCGUGCACCGUCUGGUGCGCAUCUCGCCUUUCGACGCGGCCAAGCGCCGCCAUACGUCGUUCGCUUCGGUCCUGGUUUCCCCCGAGGUUGAUGCCUCGGUGGAGGUCGAUAUCGACGAGAGCCGCUUGCGGGUCGAUACGUACCGCUCAAGCGGCGCCGGCGGGCAGCACGUCAACGUGACCGAUUCUGCCAUCCGGCUCACCUAUCAAGUGGACGAUGACACCCGCAUCGUCGUGCAGUGUCAGAACGAGCGCUCGCAGCACAAGAAUCGCGCCAGCGCCAUGGGUGUGCUGCGUUCGCGCCUUUAUGCCUUGGCGCAGCGGCGUCAGCGUGACAAGAUGGCGGAACUUCAGGGCGAGAAAAAAGACAUCGCCUGGGGCAAUCAGAUUCGUUCCUACGUGCUGGCCCCCUAUCAACUGGUCAAGGAUCACCGCACGGGCUUCGAGAUGGGCAACGUGGCGGCGGUGUUCGCUGGCCAGUUGGAUCCAUUCAUGCAAGCUUAUCUCCUUUCACAACGCGAAGCCGGAUAA